UUUAUUUAAAAUAUCUACAUAUAGUGUUUUUUUUAUAAUAUGUGCUAUAAUGGAUUCAAACUUGAAAAAUUAUCCUGAAACAUGUGGAUUACUUAAAAAUGUUUUAAAAGUACUGCAGAAUGAAGAGGACGUAACUACAGGCGUAUCUUUCGCUUCUAAACUAACAAAUAUACAUCCAAAGUCACUUAAUUUGUUUAUAUUAUCGGAUAUUACAAAAAUAAGUGAUGUCGAUCGUUCCGUAGUAUAUAAAGCGCAUAGUGAUUACUGUAUAAAUUUCAAUAAAUUCCCAACGACCAAAGAGUUGUAUGAGGAUCUUCAAGGCAAACUACCAUGUUAUAUGGACAUGGGUAGAUUUAGAACGUUAUUAAUACAGAUGGAUUUUUGCUGGAAGAAGAUUCGAGAAGAUUUGCUAGUCGUCAUAGAAAGACCACGAGCCACAUACGAGAGAUUUCGAUAUUUCACGAAUGUAAUGAUGUUUGAUCCAAAGAUGAUUUAUUUCAUAUGCGAGUAUUAUGUCAAUUCAAGUAGACAGUUUAAGAUAUAUUCUGGUAAGGAAGAGGAUGCGGUUAUACGAUUAAUUUGCGCAUACUCCUCGUUUAACGGCGUGCAACAUAUGGAAAUUAUAGACAAUUUCAAUGAACAAAAUUUCGAGAAUUUUGUAGCUGGUACUCUAUUGCCCAGUUUGAUGAGUUCAACUGUCAUUGUGAUCCCAGAUAUAUCGCAACAUAACGGGAAGUACAUAGAAACGCCAACGUUGGACAGUCUCCGUAUAGAGAUCAUGGAAUGGUUGGAUAAUAACGACAUACCAUACCACGUGGAGUUGUCCAAAUAUGAACUGAUGUGUUUAGUAAAACAAUACACAGAUACAAAAGAAAAUGUGUAUAAAAUUGAUAAUCUGUUAGAAGCACACGGUCAUACUGUUUUGAGAUUGCCAAAACAUAUAGAAAUGUUAACGCCUGCAGCGUUACUUGCCGAGUUCUUAUCAACAAAUAUGGAACGGGAAGAAGUUGAUCUAAAGAAAAGUAUCAAAGAUGUAUUAUCUAUAGUUGAUAAACAGCAUUUAAACCAGUUUAAUACAUAUAUUUUCAAUGAAUAUGAGAUGAUGAUAUUAAAAGACAAGGAGUUGGAUAGAAAUUGGGAUCUGUAUAUGGCAAAUAGUUUAAGCAAGGAGGCCUAUGUAGACACAGUGUUGCCAGUAUUUAAUAUGGAAUAAAGAUGUCAUUUAUCAUGUAUUUAAAAUAAUGUCGUAACGUAGAUGGAAUAAAUUUUUUUUGGAACUUAUCUUUUUAUUUAACGUAAAAUUGAAUAAUUCUAGAGAGAUUGGCCAAAA